AUGAACAAUACAUCUAUUCCUCAAUAAGACCAUCUUCCAUUUCCUUUAUUUAAUUAGAGGUUUUUCAGUGAAUUCUCUUAAGAUUAAAAAUUAAUUGGACAUCUCAAUUAAUUGAUGUUACAUCUUAAUCAUAAAUGUACAUAUAAAUGGAUGAACUAACUCAAAUCUGAAUGGACUCUCGAAAAUGAUAUUAGAAUACUUGUGAUAACAUGGAAUAUGCAUGGAAUGAUACCUGGUUACUCUUUGAAAAGACUCUUUAAUAUAGAAUCAAUCCACCAUGAUUUAAUUGUUAUAGGCACUUAAGAAUGUUCAAGAAGUAUAGCUGUAUCUCUACUAUGUGAAUCAAAAGGAAGUUGGGAAUCCAAGUUAAAAGAUGAACUAGGCAAAAAUUAUGUUAAAGUUUAAUCUGCAACACUUAAUGCUAUGCAUCUAAUUGUAUUUGCUCAUGUAUUAUUGGUCCCUAAAAUUAAAAAUGGAAGGCCAUAUACACUCUCACAAGGUUUCAUGGGAAUUGUAGGGAACAAAGGAGGUAUUGCCAUCUCAGUUAAUAUUAAUGAGAAAAUAUUCCUAUUUGCAAAUAGUCACCUUGAAAGUGGAUAGAAUGCAGAGGCCAAGAGGUAGACUCAGUUCUCUAAGCUUGAAUCUCAUUUUGAAAAUGAAGUUUUUUCUAGUCACUAGAAUGUACCAUAUGAUUAUUUGAUUUGGACUGGUGACUUUAAUUCAAGAAUAGAUUAAAAAAUUACAACUUAAACCAUUAGAAAUCAUUCAGAUUUUUUUGGAUGGCUUUCAAAAGAUUAGAUGCACUUAAGUAGAAAUAAUUCAUUAAGUAUUCAAUUGGUUAUAAGUAGAUUACCAAACCUAAUUUUAUGAAGGUAUGAUUUUCUUUCCACCAACCUAUAAACUAUUAGAAUAUCAAAAUUAAUGGGCUAUAGGUAAUGAUUUCAGAAUACCUGGAUGGUGUGAUAGAAUUCUAUUUAAAGAAAAUAAACAAUCUAAGACUUUAUCAUCUACUCAAGGUUUCAACGAAAAUUAACCAUCACAAAUUAAAUUAUAAAAUUAUGAUGCAAAUUUCGAUAUCCUAGGUAGUGACCAUAGACCUGUUUUUGCUUAAUUCACAGUUUCCUUUUAAUGA